ACAGUACAACAAAUCAAGAUGUCUGCUACUGCUUCUACCACAGCUAACACUGCUGCUACCGGGACUAAUGCUACCGUGUUUGUCGCCGGAGCCACUGGUUUCAUCGGAAAACAUGUUGUUAAGCAAUUGCUCGAACAAAACUACUAUGUCGUUGGGUCCGUUCGUAGUAAAGAAAAAGGUGAUGCUCUUACGGUUUUGCUUGCUAAUCCAAAUUUUAACUACGAAAUUGUUGAAGAGAUUGAGGAGAAAGGCGCCUUUGACUUGGCCUUGAAGAAGUUUCCAAAUGUCUCUGUGUUUAUUGAUGCUGCUACACCAUUACCAAUUGGAGUCAAUUAUGAUAAACAGUUGAUUAAGCGUUCAUCCAAAGGAAUUGAACAUAUUCUCCACUCUAUUAAAGAAUAUGGUGUUAACGUUAGGAGAGUUGUAAUGACAAGUUCAAUUGCUGCUUGUAUGAAUUUCGAACAAGCUAACAACCCUGCGUAUGUAGUCGACCCCACGAAAUGGAAUCCCGAUAGCCACCAUGCAGGUAAGGAUACUCCUGUUACUGCGUACUUUUAUGCCAAAGCUGCUGCUGAAAAGGCAGCUUGGGAUUUUGUGCAAAAGAAGAAGUGCAACUUUACUCUUACCACGAUUCUUCCAGGUUACACAUUUGGACCCCACGCAUUUGAUACUAAUGUUUCGGAUGUUCUCAACACUUCAACUGAGAUUAUUAACAAAAUAGCUGGCUUGCUGCCAAAUGAUUAUAUCCCUAACUUUGGAGGAUUAUUUGUUGAUGUCAGAGAUGUUGCUCGUGCACAUAUCCUUGCAUUCGAGAAACCUCCUGCUGCUGAAAAGCGGUUAAUUUUAGUUUCCGAGGAAUUCUCAGCACAAACAAUUGUGAAUAUUUUACACAAAUUCUACCCUGCGUUGCAAUUGCCUGUUGGUGAACCCAAUAAGCCACUUCUUGGGCUUAAGUUCAAUAAUGAGGAAACCCGCAAGAUAUUAGCUUUUGAAUUGGUUCCAUUGGAAACCAGUAUUAAAGAUACCUUUGACCAAAUCUUCAGAGCCAGAGGUAUUCUCUAAAUAGCCUAUGUAUGACUUUUAUGCGUAAUAAACAAAAAA